CAUACCCCAGGUUAAAUCACCAUCCUUUGCCAAGUCUGCCUAGAGAAGUGACCCGCCCUCAGAUAUACCAGCAAAAUCCACCCGAGUUUCAAGUGGUCUUAUCCAGCAGGGCACCCAAAUCCUAGAGUAGUAAAAGAGCUUUCUUCCAACAGGACAUCUAGUGGGGGUGAAACCAGAUUUAUUCACAACAGAAAGAGAAAAACCAGACUGGCGGGGCAGCACUGUGAUGUAGUGGGCUAAGCCUCUGCCCUAUGGGUGCGGGUUGGAGUCUCGGCUGCUUUACUUCCCAUCCAGCUCCCUGCUAAUGCACCUGGGAAAGCAGUACAAGAUGGCCCAAGUGCCUGGACCCCUGCACUUGCAUGGGAGACCUGGAAGACACUCCAGAUUUCUGAAGCUCCUGGCUCCUGGUUUCAGAUCAGCCCAGCUUCGGCUGUUGCAGCCAUUUGGGGAGUGAACCAGCUGAUAGAAGACCUUUCUUUCUGUCUCUACCUCUGUCUAUAACUCUACCUCUCAAAUAAAUAAAUAAGAUCUUAAAAAUAAAAGCAGGCUGGCAAAUUGGAUAAAUAAGGGAGACCUUUUCAUGAUAUAUUAAUAUGCCUUAUUGGACUGCCCCAUACAGUUCUAGCUUAAUGUAUAAAAAUUCAUUUUCAUAAAACAUUUCAUGACUCUGUCACUUGGCUAAGUGGAAGCAUGCUGGUACUAUAUGCCUGCACUAAUGAAGAAAAUUACUUUGGCUCAUAAUCAGUAUUGCCUGUACAAUUUUAACCCAAACUGUUUCUCUUUUUUCUCUAUAUUCCAGCCACAGACCGAGACUCAUCUUGCCAGCCAUGUUCAAAUAAAUGAGACGUCCUUCUGAAAUUCAUGCAGUGAAAAUCUGGUCUCUGUUCUUUCCUUGUUGACAGAGGUCAUGUUGAACGUUUUCUACCCACUCUAAAGAUCCAGGUAUAUGUAGUAUUAUUAUUAUUAUCUCUUGAAUUUCAACAUGAAUUAAGUUGUUCUAGAGAAUAAGCAAGGUAAAGUCUGGAGAAUUUCUGAUGGAGGUUACAUGGUUAAACAUAUUGAUACUUGUUAUUUAUCAUUGCUUGAUUACCACUUUACUGGCUUCUUUAAAAUAAUCACUUAAAUUACAUAGAUACUUAAUGGUUAAAUGGCAGAUAAAUGCAACUCAGACUCUAGUGUGGAGGAAAAAUCUUCAUCAAACAACCUGUUUGACAACAAGAGUUCAAAAAACACAUUUAUUCCCUCUGUUUUUCUAGUUCAGGAAAUUGAAACUAAAGGUCUCUAGACAGAGUUACUGUUUAGUAAGCAGAAGUAUAUGUUAAUCACCCUGAGAUUAGAUCCUGCAUUAAUCAAUGCUUUUACAAUAAAUAAUAAAAAAAAAUCCUGUUACACCAUACUGCACUGCAGGGACAGCUGCAUGUAGUAACUGGAGAGUAUCUGUUCCAUGCUGCUGGGCAUCACCUUUCACUGAACAUCCUUUUUGGUUGGAGUCAUUGGUCCUUCUCUGUCACUCCAUAUUCCUUUGUUCCUUGCUGUGGCAAAUCUUGCCUUCCAGUGGCUCCCAGUUGACAAGAGUUUCCAUCCAUCUAAGAAUCUAACCAGCCGCAGGAGAGAUUCCCCUAUCAAGUAUACCCAAGUAAUGAACUUUGACACCAUCUCUUCUUCUAAAAAAAUUCUAUAACAGUUCUGUUUGUCUCGUGACCCUUAGACAGUAAACAUCAGCCAAAAGGAUUUUCUUACAACUUCACCGUGCCAGCUCCUCCUGUCUGGCUUCACCAUUCUUUCCCAGUCUACAGAAAAACAUGAGAAAGACCAAAAACAUAUCGCUGGACACCAUGGUGACAGACUUCAUUCUCCUGGGCUUGUCUCACCCCCCAAACCUGAGAACCCUCCUCUUCCUGGUCUUCUGCACCAUCUACGUCCUGACUCAGCUGGGGAACCUGCUCAUCCUGCUCACCGUGUGGGCUGAGCCCAAGCUCCACGCACGCCCCAUGUACCUUCUGCUGGGGGUCCUGUCCUUCCUGGACAUGUGGCUCUCCUCCGUCAUCGUCCCUCGGCUUAUUCUAAACUUCACUGCUGCCAGCAAGGCUGUCCCAUUUGGUGGCUGUGUGGCUCAGCUGUACUUCUUUCACUUCCUGGGCAGCACCCAGUGCUUCCUCUACACCUUGAUGGCCUAUGACAGGUACCUGGCCAUAUGCCAGCCCCUGCGCUACCCUGUACUCAUGAACGGGAGGUUAUGCAGCAUCCUUGUGGCUGGAGCUUGGCUGGCAGGCUCCAUCCAUGGAUCUAUCCAGGCCGCACUGACCUUCCGCCUGCCCUACUGUGGACCCAAUCAGAUAGACUAUUUCAUUUGUGACAUCCCUGCGGUGUUGAGACUGGCCUGUGCUGACACGAGUGUCAACGAGCUGGUGACUUUUGUGGACAUUGGGGUAGUGGCUGCCAGUUGCUUCAUGUUAAUUCUGCUCUCCUAUGCCAACAUCAUCCGUGCCAUCCUGAAGAUACGCACUGCUGAUGGGAGGCGCCGGGCCUUCUCCACCUGCGGCUCCCACCUAACCGUGGUCACCGUCUACUAUGUCCCCUGUAUCUUCAUCUACCUCAGGGCUGGCUCCAAGAGCCCCCUGGACGGGGCAGUGGCUGUGUUUUACACCGUUGUCACUCCCUUACUGAACCCCCUCAUCUACACACUGAGGAACCAGGACGUGAAGUCUGCUCUGAGGAGGAUGACGGCAGGUCGAGGGGCUGUGAACGAAAAGAAGUAGCUGCAGGCUCAGGCACCCCCGCACCACCAUCACUACUGCUCUUCUCAGCUUCUGCUGCACACAGUAAAUGCUCAAUAAACUGCUACUGAUUUAAAGUAAAUUAAACGCUAUUUGGAAGAAACUUUUGAACUUUUAAACCCCUACUCCUUUCUUCUCGUUAAAUUUGUUCAAACUGAGUUAUAUUACUCGUUUAGAAAUAAAUGAAUGUGUUACUUCUCUCAUCUCUGAAUAUUCUGUGAAAUAAGAAAAUGCCUUAUCAAAGUUUAAAUAGGGGGACAGCAGUUGUGGCAUACUGGUUAGGCCACCCCUCGGGAUGGUCCCAUCCCAUACCAAAGUGCCCGGGUUUGAGUACUACCUCCGCUUUUUAUCCAGCUUCCUGCUAAUGCACACACUGGGAGGCUUCAGGUGACGACUCAAGUACUGCCACCCCUGGGAAAGGCCCAGAUGGAGUUCCUGGGUCCUGGCUUUGGCCUGGAUCAGCCCCAGCUAUUGUGGGCA